AUGCCCUUGUCCCCGGUGGUGGUCACUCUCUUCGGCCUUGCCUACUUCGGUGCUAAGCUAGUGACAAACCUGGCGUCCGAGGCAUUAUUCCCGUGGUGCGACCACCCAGUCGACUGCUUCGACUUCACGAGCGAACUUCGCCAAAGCGUGGACCACAACGUGGAUGCCUGCGAAGGUCUGUACGAUCACACGUGCGCCUUUUGGGCUCUUAACCACCCGCUAACAGCGUCUCACUUUGAAUAUCUAAACUUAAGAAUCCUCGUGGAGCUUUUCAAACUGCUCAUCAAGACUCCUCAGCGCUCCUCUCCCUCCGUGUUCGACAAGACGGUGGUCGCCUUCUCCGAGUGUCGAGCGGUCGAGGAAAAGCACCAAGAGCACCUCCACGUGCUCCUGGAUGUCUUCAAGAAUUACUCGCUCGAGUGGCCGUCACUGAAGGUAACCAAGAACGUUGACAUUUUGGAAGCACUAGUGGGACUGUCGCUCGACUUCCAACUUGGCGUAAUAUUUCAAUUUGGUAUGACAAUUGACUUCAAGACAAACAAUCGCUACGGAUUCAUGCUAUCGGCGAGUGCAGGUGUAGAUCAUAACAGUUCAGCACUGACAAACCACAACCGUAUUCGAGACUGCCUCGAGUCCAUACCUCAGAGGUCUGGCAUCAGCCCCGACGUCUUAGCCGAGCGGAUAGUGUCAGUAAACACGGAAGUCAGGUCUCUGACGACUACUUUUAAACUAGAAGGCAAGUGGACUCCCCGUCGCACCACUAUCGAAGAUGUAGGAAACGCGACGAGUCCAGUUUUUACCCCCAGCGACUGGACGAACGCAGUCAACAAGCACUUACCCCAAGACAGACAGAUCAACUCAAGUGAGGACAUCCUAGUGUUCAAUGAAGGGCUGUUAGCUUAUAUCAAAGAGCUUUUUCGCGGUCGAGGCGACAAUUCUAUUGACCUUAUGAUCUAUGUAGGAUGGGUUAUUAUUCAGAUUCUUUCUCCUGGGCUGUCAUUUGGUCAGAUAGACUGCCUGGGAUUAUCGGAUGUUCAAAAAAGUCAAGGAUGUCUGCAAUUAGUGAACAGUAUACUUCCAUUUUCAAUUGGACGGCUCCUUUUUGAUGCAAUCAGCCCAAUUGGCGUGGAAAAAUUAACUAACAAGAUUCUGACUGAUGUCAAAGAAGCGACCAAGCAGUCCUUCGAACAGCUCACCUGGAUGGACAACAAAACAAUCGCAGGCGCCAAAAACCGCGUGGAUAGCAUCAUCUCUGUCGUAAGCCUCCCAGAACACCUCACGCAGCGCAAAGACAUUGAACAGGCUCUCGAGUACGUUCCUUCUUUCAAAGAGCCCUUCAUUCGAAGCUUCAUGGAAACACUAAAAAUAAUGUCGGAAAAGCAGAAAAGACUCCUGGUACAUGACCCCGCAGUGACCGUCCGUAGGGAUGACCUUCUCAUUGAAGUGACCUCAAUUAACGCGUAUUAUGCUCCCGUCUGGAACAUGAUUAUCGUUCCUGGCUCCAUCUUGCUGGCACCCUUUGUCCAUCCUUCCCUUCCGACCGCCGUAAACUACGGUGCCAUUGGAAAGGUGCUAGGUCACGAGCUUACGCACUCGUUCGACUUGCUGUAUGGGGACAUCUCCACGUCGGGCGACAAAGUCGACUGGUACAGCAAGGCAUCUCGUGCCGAAUUCGAAAGAAAACUGCAGUGCGUGAUGAAACAAGUACAGAAUGCCUCGGACAUUAGGGGCAUCGGUCGCAGUUCUAUUGACGAAUCGUUUGCGGAUACCGCAGGGGUUGAGAAAGCGUACUCUGCUUUCAGCAAGAUCGCCAAGGGUCACGGACUUCUUGGAUAUAAUCCGGAUAAGUUGUUUUUUGCGAGCGGUUGUUUUGCCUUCUGCGCGACUAAUCGCGAAGCAGUUGAUCAAAAAAAGAAGUAUCCUCCAGUGUUCCUGCGCUGCGACGUGCCCGCCUCUAACGAAAAACACUUCGCUGAGACGUUCAAGUGUCCCAUGGGAGCCCGGCUCAACCCGACCAAGCGCUGCGAUUUCCACUGA